UACUCUCUCCCACUUCAGCUUGUUCCCUCUUUCACUUCUCUGCGAUCGUUUUCUCAUUCUUUCUCCGCCCGCCGCCAGAUUUCUGUGCCGAUCAUUCCGGCGAUUUCAUCAUCCUUGUAGUUCCGCCAACCACUGACUUGCGAUUAGUUUGAUAAAGUUAGAACCUUGAAUUUAAGGUGUGGUGGACGAAUGUAUAUAGUGGAAUUGAGAGUCUUUCGGUAGAAGAGAAAGUUUGCAUUACUGAGAGAGUGAGAACUGGGAAGGUCUCCUCUGAAUAGUUGCUGUGGUGAAUCAUUUGAGUCAUUUGAAACAUUUGCCAGAGAAAAAAAUGCAUAAAAACUUCUGGACGGCACAGGAUACUGGCUGCUUAACUGAAGAAAAUAUGGGAUAUGAGAAUGUUUCUAGAACUGAACAAAAGCGUGGUCAUCAGUGGUUUAUGGAUUCAGGUGAACUGCAAGUAUUCAGCAACAUUAAGAGGCAGGCAGUUGAAUCUGUUAAUGGGAACCCAAUUUCAGGAGUUUCUCAUGUAAAUAUUUCUCCAUGGGACAUCAAUUCAGGAUUUCAUUCAGUUACAGGACAAUUUUCUGACCGUCUCUUUGGAUCUGAGCUACGAGCUCUCAAUAUGGUUGAUAAGAACAUGACAUCAAUUAGAAGUGGUAACUUGAACACAGGAAGCAAGGAUUUUGAGAAUCAAUAUGAUAAUAAUCCAUCAGUGGGUUUAUCAAUAUCCCAUAACAUUGAGGACCCUUCACCAUGUCUCAAUUUCGGUGGAAUCAGAAAAGUCAAAGUUAAUCAAGUAAGAGAUUCUGACAGUUGUAUGCCUUCAUCCAUGGGGAACUCCUAUGGCAAUGCUGAUAAUUGUUUAAUGUCAAUAGGUUCUGGGUAUAGCAAGGAUGAUGGAAACAUAUCAUUGGGCCCAACCUUUAACAAUAUAAAUGAUAAUUCCAUCUCUAUGCAGACCUCAAUAAGUAAGACCAAUGGCAAUCUUGUUCCAAUGGAUCAUGCCUUCAGUAAGGGGGAUGGUAGUUUUAUGUUGAUGGGGCACAAUUAUUGCAAAGGGGAUGAAAAUAUUUUAUCAAUGAAUCAGCCCUUUGACAGGGAAGAUGGAAAUUUCAUAUCAAUGGGUCAAACAUAUGAUAAGGAAGACGGCAAUGUGAUAUCUCUGGCUACCUCUUAUAACAAGGGGCAUGAGAACUUUAUGUCAAUGGGUCCAACCUACAGUAAAUCUGGAGAAAAUUUCAUAAAUAUUGGCGCUUCAUAUGACAAGGGCACUGAUCAUAUAAUGUUGAUAGGUACAACAUAUGAUAAGGUAGAUUCAAAUAUUGCAUCGACAGUUCGUUCACAUGAGCAAGGCGACUCCAACUCCUUACCAGUGACCCAAAACCAUAGUAAGGGUGAGGCAAAUACGAUAUCUUUUGGAAGUGUUCAUGAGAGCUGUGAACGAAAUCUUAACGGAGGGAUCAUUAGUGGUUAUGAUCUGUUGAUGGGCAACCAGACUUCAGCUCAUGAUUUGGAUGGGCAGAAGACUGUGACCGAGUCAAACUCUGAACUACCUACAGAUAGCAAUCCAAAAUCCAAUCCUAGUACUGAUUCUACACUUAAGAAUAAAGAUCCAAAGACAACCAAGAAGGCUUCUGCUAACAACUUCCCUUCAAAUGUUAAAAGUUUGUUAUCAACUGGUAUUUUUGAUGGUGUUCCUGUGAAAUAUGUUUCCUGGUCAAGAGAGAGAACUCUCAGAGGAAUCAUAAAGGGAACUGGAUAUCUGUGUUCAUGUGAUGACUGCAAACAGUCCAAGGCUCUUAAUGCAUAUGAAUUCGAGCGUCAUGCUGGUGCCAAGACCAAACACCCUAACAAUCACAUAUAUUUUGACAAUGGAAAAACUAUCUAUGCUGUUGUUCAAGAGCUGAAAAACUCUCCUCAGGAGAUGCUUUUUGAUGCAAUUCAAAGUGCAUCUGGCUCUACCAUCAACCAGAAGAACUUCCGCAUUUGGAAAGCAUCAUAUCAAGCUGCAACUCGGGAGCUUCAGCGGAUCUAUGGAAAGGACGAAGUGAUUGUACCAUCUUGAGCUCAUUUUUUUUUCUUGGAUUUUCAGAAUGAUGAUUGAUAUGUGAUAUGUGCAUAAUGCAUAGCAGCUCAAUUUUUUUUCUUUGGAAAUGAUUUUUAUAUAUAUGGUGAUUUUGUCA